CUCGAACAACAACAACAACAACAACAUCAAGAACGACAACAACAACAACAACAACGUUAUCGACGUAGUGCCUAUUAUCAUCAGAAUCAUCAUUCUUAUCUACAAGAGGAUUAUCAUCCUGAAUAUCCUAUUAAAUCAACAUUCAAUCUUCCGGAUCAGUAUAAUUUCAUUGAUACUAUCAAUGUACAACAUAUUGAAUCCAGUCAAUCAAUUCCGGUACAAAUGUCAACAAUUUCUAAGUUACAAUCAACAUCAAAUAUCCCAACAAAUACCAUUCUUCCUCUAUUACCAAUUGGUUUUCAUUGUAAAUGA